AUGAAGAAGAAGGUGAGAAGGUCGCAGGUCUCAGACACCGGCAGCAUCGGGGAGGAUUGUUGUGUCCUGUGCAGGUUUAGUGAUGAUGAUCCGGCCAUGUUUGGGGAAAAGGUCACACUUAAGGAGCACAAACUCUCCGUCCACUACUUCUGUUUGCUGACGUCCUGUGGAGUUUACCAGCGGGGGGAGGAGGACGAGGGGGUGUUCGGUUUCCUGGUGGACGACAUCAAACAGGAGAUCCGCCGGUCGGCUCGACUGACGUGCUGCAGCUGUAAGAAGAAGGGGGCGUGUGUCGGCUGUAACGUCAGGAGCUGCAGGAAGACGGUUCACUUCCCCUGUGGGAGGAAACAGAGCUUCAUCUCUCAGUUCACCGGCCUCUUCCCGUCCUACUGUCCAGACCACAGUCCCACUCAGACCCUGUGUGUGGGCUCUGACCUCAGUCUGCCUCAGUCCUGCUCCGUCUGUCUGGACUCCAUCGACCCCGUCCUGUCCUACUCUGUCCUCAAGUGUCCGUGCUGCCACGCCAGCUGGUUCCACAGGGACUGUGUGCAGCGUCAGGCCCACAGCGCCGGCCUCUUCUUCUUCAGGUGCACUCUCUGCAACAACAAGGACAGCUUCCAGGAGGAGAUGCUGCGGCUGGGAAUCUACAUCCCAGAGAGAGAUGCCUCAUGGGAGUUGGAGGCAAACGCGUACUCGGAACUGCUGGAGGUUUACAAGCGCUGUGACGCUCUCGCCUGCCUCUGUAACGACGGACCCAUGCACUCAGCAAAGACCGGGUGGUUCGAGGUGAUUCGCUGCCGACUCUGUGGAUCCAGAGGGACUCACAGGAAAUGUUCGGGGCUGAAGCUGGACACCAGAGACUGGGCGUGCAGCGACUGCACUCAGGCCACAGAUGGGAAAGCCUCCCUCGUCGCGUCUCCUCAGGGAGGUCAGAGAAGGAGUCGGCUGUCCAAACACCACCUGUCCCCCAUCCACUCCUCCAUCAGCUGUAAAAGACCGUCGUUACCUGUCAGAUCUGGCUCACCUGAGGAGCUGCUGCAGGCUCUGGCCCCUCAGCCUGGUCCCCUCAGUGUCCAGGUGGAGGUGCGUGGGUGUGAGGCUCUGUCUGCCGGUCUGGAUCUGGUCAGGAGGCCGGACUUCGACCCCACACACGCUCUGUCCAUCAGGUUCAGAGACGAGAAGCAGACUGCAUUUCCCAGCAGUGAAACAGCCAGGCAGUACUUCCUGAAGCUGCUGGUGCAGCAGAUCCAGGACUCUGUGGUGUUCGAGGGUCCACAUGGAUCCAAAAAUCUGGCGCUGGAUUCCCAAGCUCUGCGUGAGGACCUGUACUUCGACGUCGGCUGCCUGCUGGCUCUCUCUCUGGUUCACGGCGUUCCACCUGUCGGCUUCUUCUCCCGCGCUCUCUACCAGUGCCUCUUCAACUUCCCGCCCAACCGCCCGCUCGCCGUCACACACAUGACCCCCGACACGCACUUCACACGCCAAGUCAGCAGGAUUGCGGAGGCGGAGUCUUUAGACGAACUGAAAGAGGCCACGGCUUCAAGCUGGGAGUACCUGGAGCUGGCCGGCUGCAACCGACCAAUCAGCAGCCUGAAGGACAGAGAGGCUUUGGUGGAGGAUCUGGUCUGCUUCACCAUGAUCACCAGGAUGCAGCUGCCACUGCAGAGGUUUCGGGAAGGUUUGCAGACGUUAGGUGUCUUUGAUCAGGUGCAGCUCUUCCCGUCGGCGUUCUGCGGCGUUUUCUGUGAAGCGGACGACCACCUCACGGCUCAGACGCUUGCUCAGCUCUUCACCGUCCACUUCUCUCAGCAGGAGGACAGACUGAACAGGGAGACGCCCGUCGUCACCUUCUGGAGACACUUCCUGCUGGAGUGUGAAGUUGGGAGGAGCUCCAUCUCCCUGCAGGACCUCCUCCUCUUUGCCACAGGAGCUGAGGUGCUUCCCACAGCCGGCCUCCUCCCUACGCCCUCCAUCUCCUUCCUCCACCCCCUCAGCUCCUCCCCACCAGGAACAGAGGAGGCAGGCGAUGAGGGGCUCUUCCCUCAGCGCGAGCCCAGCUCCAAACACCUCCUCCUGCCCGUCACCUCCUCCUACCAGGCCUUCAAGAGCUCCAUGGAGCAGGCCGUCAGCCACCACAUGCACCUCCUCCCUAUGGAGAGUUAGAGGGGGGGGGUUAAUGAUCUGCAUUUUACAUUAUCUUUAAAUUAGAAAUCUGUUCAAAUCUGCUCCAUUGAAUCUAUUGAUCGUUUGAUUAAUAGUAAAUGAUUAUAAGACAGAGACUCGGAGGUCAGAGAGACGACUCGUGUUGUUCAACAAACCCAAAGAAACUCUGAGACACCGGAGAAGCUGCAGGUAGAUUACAUAUGUGACAGAUGAGUUCAAGCAAUUAACCAAUCAUUGAUCAGCUAAUCAGGGGACACAGGUGAGGUGAA